UGUAAAAGACAAAACAACAUUACGUCACUUCCGGGCAGGACACAGGUGAUUAGAAACGUUAGGAAACUGAAACUGUAGAAAGCUGCUACGUCUUUUCAGACGAAAUGGCUUUAACGAUUUACAGGCAGUCACAUUAAGAGUAGAAUAAACUAACGAGGGAAAGCCAUGGCUUGUGCCCAAGUGCCACUGGAUGAGCAGCAGGUGACUGAGAAGGGCCCGCUGGGAAAAGAGCAGACACUGCCUGCAUUGCACCCGGCAAGGAAGGAGGACCGUUUUUUUGUGCCUUACAAAUCCCCUCCAGAAGACGGCUCUCCCGCUGAGGUGGAGGAGUUUUUGGAACAUGCCAAAUUCAUCACAGAGGACCUGGAGUGGCUGCUGGCACUGCCCCAUGACAAGUUCUGGUGUCAGGUGGUGUUUGAUGAGACUCUGCAGAAGUGCCUAGACUCAUACCUGCAUCACGCCCCCCGCGGCCUGGACCUGGCCACCAUGCCCUCCUCCCCGGCGGUGGCAGACAUGCAGCGCUGCGUCCACAGGGCGGUGUUCCUGACCUUCCUCAGGAUGGCCACGCAUAAAGAGUCUAAGGAGAGCUUCCUCACUCCGUCUGUGUUCGGAGAAAUUAUCUACGAGAACUUCCUUUUUGACAUUCCCAAAUUUCUGGAUCUGUGUGUGCUCUUUGGGAAGGGCAACAGCCAGCUGCUGCACAAGAUGAUAGAGAACAUCUUUACCAACCAGCCGUCUUACUACGUCGACCUGGAUGAGACAGUGCCCACUGUGUUACAGAUCUUCGACACCAUCAUGGAUAAGUGUGGUCUCCACUGUGAGGGGGCCGCAGCCAUGGAGCCGAUGAAGCUGAACGCACACAAACAGCCCACUGCCAUGACCAUGAGCCAGCAGGAUCUGGUAGAUCUUGUUCUGUACCUGUGUGACUCCACCACCACCAUCCAUGCCUUCCUGGACAUCUUCCCUGCCGCCUGCUCCAGCUUCCACUCCCACGGCUUCCUCAGCAGACUGGUCUCGUUUUAUGAGAGCGCUGUGCCCGACCUGGAGAAGGCGGUGAGGAAGAGGAACUUUGAUGCUACAGGUCUUCAGGAGGACUUGUGGAAAAGGCUGUCCCACUCCUGUCGUAAGAUAGUGGAGAUGGCCCAGCUGCUGCUGCAUCACACCUGCCUGCAGCCCAUCCUGGAGGGGGGCGAAAACAUGCAAUCAUGUGCAGAGGAGCUGCUACAACAAUUCACAUCUUUUUUACCUGAGAAAAGGUUCUUGUCAGACUUUGAUGAGCAGUUCCCCAUCGCAGACUACAUCAGCCUCCUACAACAAGCCCUCCCUGUCAUAGAUGAGACCCGGACCUCCUACCUGCUGCAGGGGGUCCAGAGCGCCUGGGACUCAGUGGGCCACCGGAGGCCACACAGCAACAGUCAGUAUCAGGGAGCAGCGGGCGGUGCUGCUGAGGCCCGAGAGCCAGAGAGAGGGGGGGAGGGCCUGAGGGGGGCCGAGGCCAUGGUGGACGCUCCCCGAAAAGGGAACAAUGUUGGAGCGGUGAGCGAGGCGGAGCAGGAGUCUCUGCUGACCUGCAUCAGGGACCUGCUGCCGGACCUGGGCGAGGGCUUCCUGCUGGCCUGCCUCAAGGAGUACCACUACAACUCUGAGCUGGUCAUCAACAACAUCCUGGAGGACCGCCUGGCCCCCAGCCUGGACCAGCUGGACCGAGCCAUGCCCAGGCCAGUGGUGGAGCCGCUUCCAGAUGUGCUGAACGUCAGAUCCAACGUGUUCGAUGAUGACGAGUUUGACGUUUUCCGCAGAGACCAGGUGGACAUGUCCCGCAUCUGGAAAGGCAGGAGGAAAGGGGAGAGCGCCAAAGAGUUGCUGAACGACAAGCAGCACAUAGCGGAGCAGAAAGCUCGCUACCUGUCCUACGAGACGGUGGUGGACGAGGUGGUCCUGGAGCCUGGAGAGAGCCCCGAGGCGUACGGCCUAGACGACUACGACGACGAGUACGACGACACCUACGACAUGGGCCAAGUGGGAGCCAACGACACGGACGGAGACAGUCUGCUGAGCAGGAGGCCUUUCACUGUCCCACAAAUCCUCAGAAAAGGAAACAAACCAGAAUUUGAGGAGGAGGAGGAAGAGGAGGAAGAACCACUACAGAACAACGUAAACAGGGACCAGUUUGUGCAGGACCCGGCUCUGCUGAGAGAGCGGGCAGAGGCUCGAAGAGCUGACAUGCAUCAGAGGAAAGGUUUCCGGCCGGAGCCGCGUCCCAACAACGUGGUGGGCCAACCCAAAGGCCAAGGACAAAAGCAGGAGACGGUUGUGGACCGACGCAAGAAGGAGGCCAGCAAGGGCCGCGGGGCCAACCACAACCGCCGCAACAUGGCCGACCGCAAGAGGAACAAAGGCAUGAUCCCCUCCUGAGUGGCAGCACGGCCCGCUGCGAGAGAGACCAAAACACAAGAAUGGAAGACGGAAGGUGGCGGAGGUGUGAGUCAGUGAAGGGGAGGAAAAACUGGGGGCGGGGGGGUUGUUCUGUGUUAAAUUUGGAGCCUUUAGUUGUCCCCUCCAUCACACCUCAGCCCCAAAGACGCUGUCUUAGCUCAAAGGAAAAGCCGCCAAAGGUUUUGAGUUGUUGGAAAGUUGUAGUAGUUUACGGACUUCCUUCGGCAGGGCGUUGUGAUGCUGUCUGAUGCUGAUGCUUUUAGUGUUGGAGCCCAAAGGACUUUCAGCUCUUCGGCCCAACUGAUUUUCUUUUUAUAGCUCACUAAAAGCCAAAGUCCUGAGUGUCAGCCAGAGACUGUGGGCAAAAAAUAAGACAUAUUUUUGCCAAGUAACAAAUCAUUUAUUAUUAAGAUACAGAGUGAAAGGUUGAAGUUCCUUUGACAUCAUCAGAUAAGCAGAACAGGAAUAAAAGGAGGAAGCGUCCAGGGUUAAGGAGAGACUCUCCUCUGUAGCUGGAGGAACAGUUACUGACCUGCUGAAGUCUGGACAUCAUUGCUGCUCUUACUCAUCCUGUGGGAGGAGCUGGCUGCACGCACGUAAUAACAUCUACCCAGUUCACACCACUGUUGUCCAGACUUCAAAGAAAUAUAGCGAGAGAAAACCCUGAUGUUUUGGAAGCACGUGCCGUACAGAGGGAACCUCCGACAUGUGACCAUGAUGCAGAGAAUAUUUUCUAUAAAGAGAACAGAUCUAUCAGAGCAUUUUGAAACAAAGAUCUCAUGUAAAUGCUUUUUGAAGUUGACAUUGAAAAUCUAAAACAAACGUAAAAUAAAUACAAUAAAACCCUGUUUGACAUCA